GACAGCUCGUCGUCUGCUAAUAUUUUUGUUUAAACAAUAUUGUAUAAAACUUCGAAUACAUCGAUUAUUGUAUUAUAUGCAGCAUUGGCCGAAUCUUAAUACCUAAUUGUUAUUUAGUUAUAGACGGAAUAUUGUAGUUAUUCAUAGUGAGGAUGGUUGUCCACCGAGGAGCUUCGUGGGAUGCCUCACCCGACACGUCACAUCGUUCAACGUUACAGGCGCUUGGUCAACACUCAGACAGUGACUCCAGCCAAUACUGCAAGCAUUCUUCUGACAACCAGUCACACCUCGUUGAGUGGAAAAACACUUUUAACAUGCGCCAAGUAAUCUUAAACAAUCUGUCGAGUGGUCAUCGGCCCAGUCCACACGCGAUGGUGAGACACUCUCACCUGCCGUUCUCACGAAUGCGUGGCCGCUCCGUAACCAAUGCUGCCAAGUCACUUGAUAUCUUGCGUCAAAACCUACAAACUUCCAUCAACAAAGAGAUAGAUGCCGUUUUAAAAAAAUACUUAGAGACAUUUUUUCGGCCGGCAAUCGACAACGUGCGGACCAACCUUGGGGCAGGCAGUGUCAGUGAGGAGCAUGUGCGCGAGGUGUGCCGCGCGAUGCUGGAGGAAGCCAAGCAGAUGUACUGUGGCCCACUCAGUCGUGGUAGUUCCCCUUUCAGUGACUGUGAGACAGUCAGCCUAAUAGACUGUCGCCUCCGCAGAACACACACACAGAGUCCAUUACUACGCAAGAGGAAAGAGUCUGACACUGACUCGGAGACAAGCCAGUCAGCUCUACGCAAACGAUCCGUACGCAACAACAUGGACCGCUGGGACCCAUCACGAUUGGGCAAGGAGACUCUCUUUAUCCUUGGUUCUCGGGCAAACAAGGUGCUGGGAUUAGGUCAUGUGUUGGGGAAGAGCCGUCUCUUUAUCAAACAUCCCCAACUGUUCAAGUAUUGCAGUGAUCAGCAAGACCAGGACUGGUUAGCCUCAAACAAGCACACACUGGUCUCUGUAGCCUCCAACAGGGUCUAUAUCAUGCUGCUGGACGAAAUUAGGGAACUGGCGAACAGUGAGGAGUACAGGAACAGUUCCAAUGUUCUCAUGCACGAGUUGAAGGGAUUUGAAGCUCCAGAAUUCAUGCUGAAGAAGAUCAAGAGCGUCAUGAGCCAAGUUAAGCCCCAAACUAGUGAAGAUCCUGAGUCGCCCUCAGAUACCAGUCCAGGGGCAUCUGGUAACCUUAGUGUGGAAUGUGUGUCUUCCACCAUGACCCCACCUGCAACAGUUUUAGAUUCAGGCCCUUCUACACCCAGUGAAGCAUUGGACCUAUUGGACCCACCCUCGUACCUGGCAUUGCCGGAGGAGCAGCAACGUUCUCACAGCGACAGUCUCUCCGCCCUUCUCUCUGCCAACCCUUCUGAACAGCCCCAUGACUAGCCCGAACCCUUCCCCAACGCCUGUUGGAUCUUCUCAGAGUGACCGAACUAAGAAUCCUGCCACUCGAAUACUUCACUAGUUUACUGAUCUCAAAGCAUAUAUUUUACGCAUAUUGAACAAAUUUACAUGAUGUAGUACCGUUAACUACUACUAGGUUUAUUAUACCCUCGCACUUAUAAUUGGGGACAUUUAUAAACUGAUGUAAAACCAUUUUCUUAAGAUAAAAAUAAGGCUUUUCUUGCUGAAGAGAAAUUUGAAAAUGGUCUAUUUUGGAGAUAUGCUACUAAAGUGAGCAACCCUCAAGAAUAUUUUUCCGUUAUAAAAACCAGAGUAAUUGGUAGAACAUAACAAAACUUCUGCAGGGAUAUUUUUAGUAUCAAUGUCACCUCUUCUGGAAAGUCUUUAGGGUUUAUUAGUGGCUUUAACGCAUUGUGAGUGAAAGGCGCAGCGUGUGCGUUCUUCUGUUCAGUGGACCAGAGGCUGAAAGGCACAUACGCUGUGUCCUCAGUUCUGCGUUUAGUAUUAACUGUUACAUUUCUUGACGUCACUGUGUUUAAAUUUUGUCAGCUAGUUUUGGUAUCGUGUUUCACAAUAUUACAAAACGUAUCUGAUAGAAUGAUGCGUAUAUUUUGUUCUGCUAAUUCAGCUAUGUUUGUAAAUGGCAGUCAGUUGUGUAUUUGUUUGAGAGAUUAUUAUCGGAAACUGAAAAUGGUGGUAAUAAUGAUAGAUUUAAUUUGUUUUUAAGAAUAAUGAUUUAAUUGCCAAAUACAUUCUAUCAAAAACACCUUUGUCACAGCAACUCUUUAUCUAUAUGUGAAAACCACCACGAAUCUGUCAUCGCAAAUAAAUCUGGCUACAGGGUGUUACGCACUAAGGCUAUCCACCAUCUGCACUGGGUUGAACUGUAAAUUUUUCUUUUUGUCUUAAUCAAGAAAAAUUAAACUUUUAUUAAAAAUUAAAUAUAUUAUAAAGAACAUAUAUUUAAUUCUUUACUUACUGAACUAGCUUCUACAGAUUAUUUUCAAACAUAUAUUUAAGUUUAAUUUUUCUAGUGCUGAAUAUGGUGAAAAUGAAGAGAAGCAUCACUUCACUAACACUCUCACUAGAACUUUCACAGGUUCUUUAUGGCUGAAAUGUAACUUAUCUUAUAGAAAUUUUGUGUGCCCGUACAUGUGUGCGUUUGGGGUAGUUUUAUAUUAAUGAUAAUAGAGGAGUUUUCUGUAAUUUUUCAUUUUCUGGGACUCUUAAAGGGAAUAUUUACAGCCCCAUAAACUAGAUACUACUUGUAAAUGUUGUCUCAGACGAACUUGUAGUAAAAAUUUUCAAUCGUUUGGACGGUGAAGCAGUGCUUUGGUAGAUUAUUAAAAACAAUGAUAAAUAAACCCAAGCAUCCUGUGUUGUGAGGCAGACAGUUUUUCCUUCUUCUGUCGAAUGAACGAUGACUAUCCUCACCAUAAUCAAUUAAAAGUACAAACACCUAUGUUUAUGUAUGUUUAAAUUUGUGAUUUUUUGGCAUGCUCUUGUACUCAAUAAAAUAAGAAAAAUGUCCCUAAUAGAAGUGAUACUGCUGAUUAAGACUUACCCUGUUUUGAAAGUGCCAGUAAAAUUUAUCGAGAUUAACAUUAUUUAACUGUGCACAAACAAUGCAAUUGAUUUGACUGAUUUUUAGAAAACUGUUUUUUGGGUUUAUUGAAAAGUUUUUGUAUGUAGUAAAUCCAAAAGUGUAUAUUGUAGGUAUAAUUAUAAAUAGCUUAUUUUUUGUUACAUUAAUUUGUGUGUUUACUCUUGAAAUAUUCAGAAAUCUUUUAGUUACAAAAUGUAUAUCUUCUUCAUUUGAAAAAAUAUUACUUCCUUCUUAUUUAUUUCUUGUUUUUUUCAAAGAUAUCGUGGAUUGUAAAAACACGUCUUUACAUGGAAAAUUGUACUUAAGUAAGGCCAGAUUUAUCUUUAUUGCUGUCUACUAAAUGGAAACCAAAUGCAUCAAAUAAUUUUAUCCAGAAAAUAUUCAAAAUAACCUCAAUAAUGAUUCAAGUACGUAUUAGAAAGUUAAGCUUAAAAGGAAUAAAUAUAGGAAAAAACAAUCGCUAGAUCUACAAACGACUUUACAAGAUAUUUAUAGAUAUCAUUGAUGUACAUAUAAUACUCUUCAUCGAAGAAGAUCUAUUGUUCAUGAUAGAAAUUACUCUGAUAUAAAACUACUUGUAUCUAUAAGUAAAAUGUUAUACAAUCUAACUGUAUUCACUUACAAUAAUUAAUUGUAAUUACCAGUGUUUUGAGAGUUUAUUACUGUAAAAACUUAUUAAUUAUUGUAAAUAUCGUGAAUGAAAGUUCAAUGAGCUAGUUAAUAGUAAAUUGUAGUUUUACUACAACUAAUUUUAGGCAAUAUUGAAAGCAUUUUGAUAUUUUCCAACUUCUGUGAUACAUUGUAUUCUCUUGUAUUAAGUCUUUACAGUAUAUUUUACUUUAACAUUUUUACCAUGCACAUAUUUCUAUUAUUGUUGAUGUUUAAAGUGAGGUUGUUUAUAAACAAUAAUUAAAUUCUAUUUGGAAGUUCUUUAUUUUUACAAUUUUAAUCAUUUUUAUUUUAGUUUUAAUUCUAGUAUUUUGUUUGCCAUUUACGUGUUUUAUAGUGUUUACCUUGUAAUUGUAGCUGGUAAAUAAGAACUCUAAGUCAGUAGAGCAUUCGUGCAUGUUUGGGUUCUCAAGAAUGUUGUGGUUUUUAACUUGCGAUAUUUUAAAUGUUGUCUUCCAUUGUUUUAUUAUAUUUUAUACAUUAGUGGAGUCAUUCUAUAGCUCAUUCAAUAUGAUAUAAACAAUUGUUAAGAAAUUAAUUUUUUAUAAUAGUAAACUUAUACUAUCUGUUUAUAACUUUAAAUUGUGGUUAUCUUUGUAAAUACUUGCCAAAAUAUCAACAAUCACUGUGUAUACUCGUUGGAACGUAGUUUGUAAGAUUGCAAACGUUAUAUGUACGUACCUAGCCAGCAUGUUUUGCUCAACCUAUUUCUUAAGGAUUUAUGAAUUUGUGUUCCAUUGUUUUAGACAAUGAUCUCCUAUUUAUUAACUACAGAGUAAAAUAAAUUGCUUGUCCAGAUAAAAAAGCGUGAAAUAAUACUGUAAGAUACCUAAUUUAAAAUUUGGUUACAUAGUUUUAUUUUUAGUUUUAAAUUUUUGUAGCAUGAUAGAAUGAUUUACACUAGUACAACGAUAAAAAUUGUUUUUUUCCCAGAUUUUUUAUUCUCUAAGAAAAUAACAAUAAAGUACAGAUAAGUUAAUAAAGACUGGUGAUAUUUUAAAAGCGCCAAAACUAUCGUAUUUUUGUCACGUUUGGUUUAUUAUAUUGUAGUGGAUAGUUGCUUAUAUAUCAAAUUAAAUAUUGUAUUUUAAAUUUAUAAAAUUUGAUGAUCCAAGAUUUUGAUUAAUUCGCCAAUAAAGAGUGGUAAGAAAAACUUAUCAAAAUAAGUACACUUUAUUAAUGUGUUUUUGUUUUUAAAAUUUUAAAAUUUAGUUCUGUUGCAAUGCAUUUGUUUAUACAAAUCUUACAUUGUUGUAUACAGGAUUGGUAUUGAUAGUAAAUAAUUUUAAAACAUGGAAUUUUCCAAUUUAUAACAUUGUCUUGCUGUGUAUAAAAAUACUGGAUUUUGUAUUUUGUAAGAUGCCAAACAACUUACUGUUAGCUUUCUAUGUCGUAGUGUAAGUAGGAAAAAACCAUUCCAUCUAGAAUUUAGUAGAACGAUUUCUGUGAUAAAAUUAUGUGUUAUAUUGUAAACACUUUGAGAUUUUAAAGCGGUUUAGUUGUAAAGUCUUGAUGUUUGAUAAUUGCGUUUUAAAUGUAGUUGAGGGUAUUCAGAGGUUUUAAUGUAAGUACGAGUAUAUAAACAGUUAAAGUUAGAAAACGUCGAUGUAUAUUUGAAGAUUUACAUGUGUUUGCGAGUGUAUAUGGGGUUUUAAUUAAGGAGGGGAAGUAGAUAUAGAAAUAUUUUAAAAUAUGCAACAACAAAAUUUAGGUUCAGAUGUCCAAAAUACAUUAAAUAAACGCUCCUAUUAUAGUUGGUUUAAAUGAACCAAAUACAAAGUUUUCAGGUAUCCAAAUGUACUAGCUUAGUGUUUGAUUCGGGUAAGCGAAAACAAUAGUUACUUGUGUAUUAAGGCAGGGCAGUGACACAAUGAGUGAGGAGUUUAAUCUCAAAAGGCAGAGCCAAAGAUGUCACUUUUCUUCAGGGUGUCAAUGAUCUAUGACAUAAAUUCAAUUUUUUACUACAUCUAUCAUUUUAAUCAAUACCACAUAUUUUGGUCUAUAUUUAUUGUAAAACACCAGUGACUUCUUUCAUAACCUAAAUAUUCCAUGAAUGUUUGUUCAUUUUCCCACAUUUUAUCAACAAUGUAUUAACAGCUAUACUAUAGUAGUAAAUAGUUACUUUACUCCUGGGAAGGCAAAGUAACUUUGUUUCUCUAGCAAGUAAAAUAAACCUUAAUAUUUGUUUGAAGUGAAUACCUUCUUUGCGUAACAGACAGGGGUUAAAUUUUAAGUAUCUUUAGAUGACCCAAAUAUUAAUCGUUUUGAAUUCAACAAAACUAAAAUUGUACCCUACAUUAAUUGUAGUUAAGUACACUCAAAUAGAACAAUAAUAAUGAUAAUGGAUUUAUAAACAGUACAACACUUUUAACUAGUAAUUUAUACAAUAUAUAAACUAUUAUAUAAAAUCGUAAUAUAUAUAAUUUUUUCACACAAAAUAUAUCUUUUCAAUAUAUUAUACAAAUAUUUCCAAUUUCUUGAGCUUGUUCUAAGGAUGAUUACUCUCUCCCCCCCAGUUAAAAAAUGACAAUCAGUGUUUUAUAAUAUCUAGCGUACAAUUUUAUAUAAUUUGGUGUGAAUAAUCAGGAUUCAGGAAAUUUGAGGUUACUUACCAAUUUUACUGUAAACAUUAAAACAUGUAAAAAAUAAACAGCCAAUAAAAAUAAAAAGUAAAAUCUUGUUUUUGUUUGCUGUAAGGAUUUAAAUUUGAAAUAAUUUGUAAAUGUUAGGCUCUAAAACAUGUUUUAUAACGAUUUAUCUUUAGUCAUUGUUUUAAUUACCUUUACCAUCUUAUAAGAUAAAAAAAAUAUUUUUUACAUGAAAUCCUCUCAUUAGUUAAAUGAUGGUAUUAUCGAAUUUGUAAAGAAAUAAUCAUAGCCCUGACAGUUUUAAUAUUUAUGUUCAAAUAACACACAAAGUUGUAAUUGUUGCUUUGAAUAACAUACAAUAAAAAAAUGUUAAAAAACUGUUCAAACUAUAUUUAUUUUGCUUUAUUUAUAAAGACAGAUUUUUUUACUGUCAAGCACAGUUAGUUAUGAGCAUUUUAUUCUUUAACACAUUUGCUGCAGGUUAGUGUCCGAACAGUUUUGCUACCAAUGCUGCAGUGCUCUGUUACUUGACCUGUUGCAUGCUUGCAUUCUUGCUGCGAAUCUCUGAUACUCGUUCUAUAUGAAAUAUACUUACUUUCUGUUACCUCAGGUCGACCUGAAAAUGUGUUGCUACUGUCUGGACAGUGUCAGUGUGGGACUACUGUCCGGACAUUGUCGGUGUGGGACUACUGUCCGGGCAGUAUCAGUGAAACCCACAUACACUUGCGGACCCUUAGAAUUUCUAUGUAUUAUUUAGCAUAUUAAAUUUAUUCAAAGAAUAUUUUAAUUGGUUACAUUGCUUAGCGGCAGAACCGUGUGAAAAUCAAGGUCUUCUGGAGCAUUUAUAUCUACUUUAAAAAAAUGCCUUUGCCAUAAAUGCAGGCUAGUAAGUAGCCGCAGUAAGUGUCCGGACAGUUUAAUCUGUCAAUUACGUGUAAGAAUGUAAUAACAUCUAAUUGAUGAUUUUAUAACAUAAUGAACCAAAGUAGCACAAACAGAAUAAAAAUCGUAAGUUGUGUACAAUUUGGCGCAUAUUGGGUACAUAAUGGGGGCCUUUUACUGUAGCAAAUGUGUUAAAUUGUAACAUUGUGUUAGUAAUCCUAUCAUUUUUUAUUUAAAUUUUGAAUCCAAUUCCACUUAUUCAGCUGUGUUGAAUAUAUAUUUUCAAUUAAAUUAAAAUAGUUUUUACACACUCACUACAUUAAAAUGUUGGAAUAUUAUUAUCAGUGUGCCAACUUAGUUGUAAAUAAGCCAGAAAAAAUUAAUAUGCUAUUUUCAAACUACUACUUUAAGUACAAUAUUGUAAUGGUAGGCAUGCCAUUUAAAACAAGAUGUAUCUCCGUUCAACGUAGAUAAGUGUGAAUGUUUGGAUGUGCCAAACUUUCAGUGUGUGUCGAGAUUGUUAUUUCUGCCGAUUUUAGCUAGCCGCUGACGUCACCGUUGUCGAUUUAAAUUCGUGUUCAACCGCUUUGAGCAAAUUGUUGUUGUUGUUCAAUGUUAUUUAGGUUAGAUCAAGGCUACCGUUACCAAUUGUGUUUCACGUACUGUCGUGAGAUUUAUGCUUUACGGGUUUUACUAUGUUGAGAUGUUCACGUAAAAAGUUAUGUAAGAGCACAGCACAACUUUGCACACGUUUUGGGAAUUUAUUAUGAAAAUAGAAGUUGCUAGAUUACAUAACUUGCUACGCACAAUAUUUUACUUAACCUUAACUUUUAAACCGUCCUAUCUAAAGUGUAACAUGAUGGUCACUAUUGUUACUGAUGAUUUCAAUGAAAAAUAUAUAUUGUAAAUCUGUAAUUUUGUUUAAAAAGGUUUUGUAUUUGACACUUAUUCAAAAUGUAUGUUUGUUAUAACUCAUGUGUACUUAUUUGUUGCCGACUAAUAUAUUUAAAUUAAGAAAGAUACAUACAAAAUUAAUCUUUUUGUUGUAUUGUGAGGUACUUUUAGAACAUUUAGUAUACAUGAUUAAACACAGUAUUAUCCGAAAAUCAUCACUUAACCCUUUGAGUGCCAUAAGCACGAUCUGUCAUGCACCAAAUGGUGUGCUUAAAUUGCCUCGUUAAUGAUCUGCUGCCAUCUUAGAAGUCUGUGUAAGAAAUUCCUGAUGGUAAUCUGUCAUCACUAUGUAUUCUUAGGGUCAUAACGCUUAUGGUUUUUCUAUAGCGAAUGCUGGUGGAAAUUUGUCCAAGGUUAGACACCGUUGGAUAGAUUGACAUUGUUUUUCCAACAUUGCUACUUCUACUGGAUCCAUGGGUGGGAAUGGAAAAAUUUCGUGACAUGUAUUUUAAUGGGGCGAUUCGCAAUAAUAUACAUGAAUAUCCAUUUCAAUUCAAUUCAAAUAAUCUUUAUUCAUAUUUGUACAUUGAAAUACAAUAAAUAGUGUCACAAUUCAUCAGGAC